AUGGAGGUCUCAAAUCCGCGACGAAUACUUGCUGUCUCGUUGUCCGACGCAGAGCACCAUCUGAGUAAAGUCGUCAAAGACCUCACUGGCAAUGUACCAGAAACCGCAUCAACGACGCUAGCAGGGACCACACAUGACCUCGAGCUUGAAACUGCAUAUUACACAGCAUCAGUACCCAUCUGGCUCGACCUCAUCUCAGAUCCUUCAGGCUGGUCAGAGUCGUUUCUCUCACCCGAGGCCAAGGAGGUCCUCAAUGUCCUCGGCGGCGUUGUCGUGGUCUUCCCUCUGCCUCAGAAAUCAGACUCUGACGAAGCACAGGCGGCCAGAGAUCUUAUUCAGCAUGUCGGCAAAGUCGUCCAAGAAGGACUAGGUGGCUGGCAAUGGGAAGGCGUCAGCCUCUGCCUGGGCAUCGGAGAGAACGACGAUGUUGAUGAGUGGGAUGAGCAUGCCGCAGAAAGUGGUUUGGAAUUUGUGCAGGUACGGGCCAAGAGCACCGAAACACGUAAUGAGUAUGGCGAGAAAACCGGAAUCUCACGUGCCCGAGAGGCUCUCGAGGCCAAUGAUUGGGCGCAAAUGGACGAAGAUCUAGGGUCAGAUUUUGGCGAUUUCGAGGAAUCCUUAGAUGUCAACGACGAAACUGGCCAACCGGGCACUUCGGGCGAUAAAGCUCCUGAUCUCGACCCUGAGAGUCUUGAUUUCGGGUUUGACAAGGCUGAUUUCGAGGGCCUCAAGCGAGCCAUAUGGAACUCGGGCCAAGAGGAUGCAGAAGACUUCAUGAACGGCGAGCCAAGUAGACGGGGAGUAGCUGCAGAAGUCGAUGGCGAAGACGUCAAGCUAGAUGAUGAUGAAAUUCAGAAGCUUGAGGGGAUGAUGCAAAAGCUUCAAGCUGUCAAGGACAUGAGCGCAGGAUUACCCGAGGAGCAACGGAAACGGAUGGCUGCAAAGGCGGUCAAUGAAGUCAUGAAGGACCUAUGA